CUUUCUCUUCCUCCCUCCUAAUUUUCUGUUUUGCUUUUUCGUUUUUGCUUCAUCUCUCUCUCUCUCUCCCUCUCCCUCUCCAAUUUCAUACGCAGCCCAUAAGAAUGGUGUAAUCGUACCCUCUCUCUCUCUCGUACUCGCAUCCUUCCUGAUUCAUCUCUUUCUCUCUCCAACGCCAAUUGUUGAUUCAGAGCAUUCGAGGAAGAGCCUUCACUUUAUCGACUCCAGGUUAUGGCAUAUUCCGAACCUGCAAGUGCUGGUAGGGAGUCAGUUCAGGUUAACACUGCUUCAAGGAAACCACGGAUUCUUCUUGCUGCUAGUGGAAGUGUAGCUUCCGUAAAAUUUGGGAAUCUUUGCCGUUGUUUUUCUGAAUGGGCAGAAGUAAGGGCAGUCGCCACAAAGGCUUCUUUGCACUUCAUCGAUAGAGCAUCACUUCCUAAGGAUGUAAUCCUGUACACGGAUGAGGAUGAAUGGUCCACCUGGACAAAGCUGGGCGAUAGUGUGCUCCAUAUUGAGCUGCGUAGGUGGGCUGACAUCAUGGUUAUUGCCCCAUUAUCAGCAAACACACUCGGAAAGAUUGCUGGAGGAUUGUGCGACAACUUACUUACUUGUGUUGUGCGAGCGUGGGACUACAGUAAACCCUUGUUCGUUGCUCCAGCCAUGAACACUUUCAUGUGGAACAAUCCAUUUACGGAAAGACAUCUCAUGUUAAUAGAUGAAUUGGGGAUUAUUCUCAUCCCUCCGGUAACAAAGAGGCUAGCUUGUGGGGAUUACGGGAAUGGUGCAAUGGCUGAACCUUCUCUUAUCUUUUCGACCGUAAGGCUCUUCUUGGAGUCCCGGCCUCAAUCCAGUGGCAGUAAUGUUCCAUAACUGCGACUGUGUUAAAACUUUUGUUUGUAGAGAAACUGAAGUGCUAGCUAAAGUGCAAUGCUUGGGCUCUGAUUGUUCUGCUCUCUGUAGUAAUCAGUAUGGUUUACAUUUGGGGUUAAGGAAUUGGAAUCUUAUGAGCCUGGUUGGCCUUCCAGAUUCCACUUAUUACUUUUCUCUGGACAUUCAAGUGUAAUACAUGUGCCAAUUAUCUGUUUUGUCUUUCUUUUA